AUGCAGGUCGAGAUCCUGGACGCGCUGACCGACAAUUUCAUGUACCUCAUCGUCGACGUUGCGACAAAUACGGCGGCCGCAGUCGAUCCGGCUGAUGCGGAGGUGGCCGUCGCGGCGGCAGCCCGGCUCGGCGCGACCAUCACUCACGUCCUCACGACACACCACCACUACGAUCACGCCGGCGGCAACAACCAGAUGAAGAAGCUGUGUCCCUCCGUCGAGGUCGUGGGCGGACGCGGUGAGAACGUCCAGGGGGCGACGCGCGAGGUCGCGGACAAGGAGUGUCUUCAACUCGGCGAUGCCGUCACCAUCACCGCCAUCCACACUCCCGCCCACACCGCCGGUCACACCUCCUACCUGGCGAGCGCGCCCUCAUCGUCUUCCGCUGUCUUCACGGGCGACGCGCUCUUCGUCGGCGGCUGCGGCCGCUUCUUCGAGGGAGGGCCGGAAGACAUGUGCGAGACGAUGCGGAGGCUCUCUGCGCUGCCGCGCGAGGCGCUCGUGUACGCGGGCCACGAGUACACGGUCAAGAACCUGCAGUUCGCGCUGGAGGUGGAGCCCGGGAACAGCGCCGCGCAGCAGAAGAUCCAGUGGGCGGAGGCGCGGCGAGCCUCUUCCGAGCCGACCGUCCCCUCGACAGUGGGCGACGAGCUGCGCUUCAACCCGUUCAUGCGUGUCGCCGUCCCUGAGGUGCGCGCCUACUGCGGCGCCGCCGACGACGACGUGACGUGCAUGCGCCGGCUGCGCAACAAGAAGGACAACUUUGCAGGCUCGUCGCGCCCGUGGGUCCCUGGCGGAGGCCCGCUGCCGGGCUUGUGA